AGGAGAAAAUAAUGCCAAACUGAUCUCAUCGAGAUUGCACCAAAAGUGACUGGUUGACCCCCAGUCGAGAGUUGUGUCUAUGGCGUUGUCGUCGGAUCUGGAGUGUAGCAUCCUUGCCCUUGCCGCCGAGAAAACACAAGUCUUCAACCUCCUUAGAGUGAUACUCAGGGAUGACUGCUCAAUCGACGACGGCGCGACCUCUGUUCCAUGGACCUUGGCCAACAAGUACUACACCGCUGACGUGCAGUUCGUCGUGGGUGAAUUGUCCACGUGGACUCCAGUCGAAGAGGAACUCCAGCGCAUCCCGGCGGUCCUCUUUAUCUGGUCUAGUGGGCAGCCCUACAGACAACUUGCAAAGGUCCUUUCUCGACAGCUUUCACACCAUGAAUUCGAGGUGGCCCUCGCAAUUAGACUUGCGCCAUCGGAUGAACAUGCUGCAUCUGACCAGGAAGACUUGCAAGAUGUAGAUGCCUAUCUGUCAUCACUUGGGUUCGAAUUCGUAGACGCCGCUGACUCGGUCGGGCCUGCCGAUUGUCACGGCAUCCCUGGUGUACCGCGUAUCAUGGACGCGCUAGGCACUGUCAUGUGGCCUUCGAUGGUACGAAAAACAACGCAACACGACAACUCAGGGUACUCAAAGUCUGCCCACGACAUCGCAGCUAUGCUACGCAGUUUUCAACCGUUGCCUCACGAUAAUGAAAUGCAUAAGCAAUUUGAGGCAUUCGAGCGUUGGCUGGAUGAGGAUACGUCUGUUACUGACGCGGAAACGGGAGAGCCCGCUGCUGCACGCGACUAUGAUGCAAUGGAUCCCUGGAGCACCGUCGUUACACCAGGAAAUACGACACCACAUGCUUUGAGCGACGCCAACUCAGGCUCUGGUCGCAGUACACCUCGAUCCGGUUUUGACGACGACUUCACGUCCUUCAUCUCAGCUCCUCCUACCACCUCUCCUCAAGAUUCCCUCCAGGACGAACUCCAUGACACAUCUCCAUGCGCAUCAAGAAGCUUCAGUUCUACGUUCAGUUUUGACUCAGCUACCUCGACGCCAGUGCUCGAAGGCACAAGUUUCGACGCUAGCCUUCUUACUCCCGGAAAUGCCUCAUUCAGCAAUGGCGUCUCUUAUAGGUCGCUCGGAUCUGUAUCCGAUUUUGGCGAUGUAGAUGCAGACGCCCCGUCCUAUGAGCGUACGAGUGCCGCUGACGAAAAUGAAGAUAACGAUGCAGAGUUGCCCACCAAGGCUGAAAUUUUGGAAACCUCUCGCCGCAUCUUUGGCACCGCACCCGUUGCCACGUCCCCGACAGAUACUGCCGGGUCUACUACUGGUCAGUGUCAGUCGAGCAAAGCUAGUCUCCUAUCUACCGAGAACGAUAAUCUCGACUUCUUGGUAGAAGAAUGUAGCCGAGAAAACGGAGAUACAGAUCUCGGGAAGUUUGACUUGCAGGGAAUAUUUAAUGCUCUGCAAGGGUUGAAAGAAGAGAUUGCUGGUAUGCCCGAUGAUAAGGAGAAGCGUAAGGCUGCAGCACGAGUCGCACUCGGCCUUGUCUAUGGCUUGGAUGCAGAAGGCGAUUUCUAGAUAUGCCACCUUUGUUAUCUUGACCUCUUACACGCUGGUCGCACACCUGGAGAGAGAAGCCCCUCAUGCUCGACAGGGGCUUGGGUAACAAUAAAUCCACCCGUUGCUAAAAAUGAUUUCACCAUUUGCGACCAGUACCGAUGCGCUGAGCCCUUACAUUUCUCCGUCGGGCAUCCCGUCCCGGGGUUCAUACUCGGGUCCGGGACUGCAGCUUCCCGGAAGGACUCCUGA